AAGGAAAGCGAUUGGAAAGUCGUGACAUAUCCUCAGCAAUCCGAAUUGUGAUACCCGGGGGAAUAUGCAAUAGCCAGUUUUUCACUAUGAAGGGACAACGCAAACUCCUUCUUAGGGCAUGUGCAGUAAAGUUGAGAAAAGACUUAAUAUUCUUAACAAAUUUAGAUUCUUAA